CAUGUUAAAAUAAUAUAUUUUGAUACUUUAUAUAUUGCUUGUCAUAUAUAAAUGAAUAUAGUAUAUAAAUUUAAACAUGUGUGGUGGAAAUAGAUGUUAAUUUGGUUUUUUUUCAUUUUCAUUGUUUUGGUAUGUUUCUCGGAGGCAAUCCUCCCCUUGCAGCUGCUGACAGCACUGAAAACCUGUGUGCUUCGUGGUGUCUAUUGCCUAGCUGUCUACGAUUCCCUUGUGUUUGGUGCAUUAAGUCACACCGAGCUGUGUGGGAUGGCAGUCAGCUGGGCCCUUUAUUGAACAGAUUUAUCUGCUACAAGGCUAUGCAGAAGGAUGGAAAGGAGGAACACGGGGGGAAAAAAAUAGAUUCAAGGCUGUGCAUUGAUCAUCUGAUGUACUCUAGAGACAAACGUGGCUAUCAGAGGGGCUGGUUCUGGGGUAACGAGGAAACACGAGGCCUAAACACCUCUGGCUUGUCUGUCCAAGGAUCUGCCUCAAUUGUGGCUCCCAUCCUUCUGAAGAACUCUUCAGCACAACAAGAAGGGAGAAAUUGGGAUUGCCUUUGUUAUUUUGCCUGUUAAUAAAAAGGCCGCUUGUGGCUGUGUGCAGUGGCAACUGCAUCACAGAAUCUUAGAGGUGAUUAUUCACAAGUUAAGGAAAUAAUUCCUUUUUUUGUAACUGCUGCACUGAAUUUCAUAGGCGUGUCUGUGUCUUGAUGCCUAAGAUAUUUAGAGCAGGUUUUAUUCUUACAGGGGUUUUGCACACUAAAGUGUGUGCCCAGGUUUUGUUUCCAAAAGUGAGGUAUAGUGCUGGGUGUUUAAUUUGGUAUGUUACUUGUUCUGUUGUGUAAAUAACUGCAGUGCCCUCCCUGUGCCUGUGUAUUGCAGGGGCAGGUGAGCGCUGGUUAUAAAGGUGGUGAUAAUUAGGAAUAAGCUGUUUAAGCUUGGAUAAAUGUUUAGAAAUCAUUGCUUAGAUAUUGCUGUGUAAAAUGCUCACUUGCGGUGAGACACUUCUCUAGGGUCAAGCUGUUCAGGUAUAAGCAAUUUAUUAUAAGGGUAAAGAGAGGGGAGACCUUUGUCCACCACCAGCCUCGGCAUCCACGUGGUCCAGGGGAGGGGAGAGAGCGGGGAGAGCAGGGGAGGAGAGGUUGGAAAAGGGGAGGGAGGGAGUAAGAGCAACAGAGGGAGAGCGGGGGAAACCAGGGAGGCUUAGGAGAGGGGGGAGACAAGAGAGGGGUAAGAGGGGAAAAACCAAGAGGGUAAGAGUAAGAGAGGGAAAGAGUGGAAGAGGUAAGAGAGGGGGAGAGGGGAGCUGAGAGAGGAGUAAAGGGGUAAGAGAGAAGAGCCAAGAGGUACGAGAGAGGUUAAGAGGUAAGAGAGAGAGGUUUAAGAGUGAAAAGCUAAGAGAGCAAAGUUCUUGUCACAAUCCAAUGUAUCUUUUUCUACAGUGAAUAUUCUAAUUCCCAGUAUCCAAUCACUAUGAGAUACACCCACUAAAGACUUUACAUACAGUGUUGCAUUUGAGGCUCUACGAGCUUUACAAGUUCUUUCCUUGCUUCUUGGCCUUUGGGCUUUCUGUCAGCAGAAGGGCAUUGUUUUAUCAGCAGGGAUUUUCCUUUAGCUGGCUAGGCUAUUGUUCUCUGGUCAUAUAGUAACCAGUACUCUGUAUCUUAUGACUCAAAGCAGGCUUUCAUUUCUAUUCAAUUCUAGCCUUCUUUUUUCAGAAUGUUCUGCCAAACAAUCACAUUCAUAAGGUUUCCCUGUUUCACCCUCCCCAACAGGCAGCGAGUUGUGCUGCGCUCUGAUAAUUCCAUACUCAACC